GCUAUAUAAUGGAAUCAAGUUGGAAUCUGUGUAAGAGAGACAUCCCUCAGAUACGAAUUGAUAGUUCUCAAAGCGGUGUCGUACCUUCAAUCAUCUCCUACUGACUUCUUAAUUGUAUAUCUUGCAGCCAUGAGGGGCCCGCGUCCACUUGGUGUUGUGAUAAAAUUAGGAACGAGCUCGAUUGUGGACGAAAAGACUCAUGAACCCCUCCUCUCAACUCUGUCAUUGAUAGUAGAAACGGCUGUGAAGCUGAGGAAAGAUGGGCACAAGGUGAUAAUUGUGUCGUCUGGCGCCAUUGGCGUCGGGCUGCGGCGGAUGGAUGUGGAGAGGCGGCCAAAGCAUCUGUCGAAGCUGCAGGCACUUGCCGCCAUCGGCCAGUGCCGGUUGAUGAGUCUCUGGGACAGUCUGUUCAACCAUCUAAGGCAGCCCAUCGCCCAGAUUCUUCUCACACGAAACGACAUUGCCGAUAGAUCAAGGUAUCUCAAUGCUCAACGGACGAUCAAUGAGCUCCUGGACAUGGGCGUCAUUCCAAUCGUCAACGAGAACGACACGCUGGCAGUGUCGGAAAUCAAGUUUGGCGAUAACGACACACUCUCUGCCAUCACCGCCGCCAUGGUCCACGCCGACCUCUUAUUUCUCAUGACCGACGUGGACUGCCUGUACGACAAGAACCCGCGGACCCAUCCUGACGCCCACCCUAUUGAGGUAGUUGAAGAUAUUGGGUCUUUGGUAGCAGAUGUAUCAACCGCUGGUUCGUCCCUCGGAACCGGCGGCAUGUCCACCAAGAUCGUCGCCGCCCGCCUGGCCACCUCCGCCGGCGUGACAACCGUCAUCACGCGGUCUUCCAACCCAGGCAACAUUGUGAAGAUCGUCAGACACAUCCAAGCCAGCCGCUCCCCGCCGUCUCUCGCCACCAAGGCCAACCAGGCUACCGAAUCCACCACCACCGAUGCUCAGCAACAGCAACAGCAGCAACAACAACAACAAAACACUGCCGGUCUCCUCAGAUCGGUGUCAUCAACGACCUUGGCACCCGACUCCCGCUCCAGCACUCCAGCGCCCCCGAACACCAAGAUCCCGCUCCACACCCGCUUCCUGCCCUCCCCGCACCCGGUGCGCGACCGCUACUUCUGGAUCCUCCACGGCCUGCGCCCGCACGGGACGCUGUACAUCGACCAGGGCGCAUACAAGGCGCUCCUGGGCAAAGCCGGCCUGCUCCCCGUGGGGGUGGUCGACGUGGAGGGGAUGUUUGCGCAACAAGAGGCGGUGCGGCUGUGCGUGGUUGAUAGGAAAACGAGAAGGCGGACGGCCGCGGAAGUUGGGGGAGAUCCUAGCGACGGUGGUGGCGGUGGGAAGUUGUGGGAGGGCACGGCGCACGAGGUUGGCAGGGCGCUGACCAAUUACUCGAGCGUCGAGAUUGCGCGGAUCAAGGGGCACCAGAGCACCGAGAUUGAGGGGAUCCUCGGGUACGCGGACAGCGAGUAUGUUGCGCCGCGGGAGAGCAUCAGUUUCUUUGCCGGCGUCCCGGGGGUAAGGGAGAGCAGGCCGGCGACGCCGGUCAGGGAGGUUGUGGAUGGUAGAGGGAUUGGGGGGUAUGAAGUGGAGGGUACGGUGUUGUGAGGAAUGGGGUUUUUUUUUAAGAGAGACAGGAUUGGAGCAAGGUGGAUGGUGAUGAUAGAGAAAAUAGAGC